UUCGUUUUUCGCAAGAAAGCGGGGCGGACCGCCGACUGUCCUCCGCUAUUUGUAGUCCGCCUCUGCCCCGGCGUGACGCCCUUGUUGCUUGCUCUUCGUUUCUCGCUCUCCCAAAUCUAGGGGUCCAAAAACCGCCGCCCCCGAACACGGAGAUCGGAUGAGAGAGACAGAGGCCUUCGAUCGGAGACGCAUCACCUAAUUGACAACCUUUACCUCUUUAGGGUAUCCUUGAUCGCAGACUUCCCUGACAUGAAUUUUUCUGGCUAUUCUACCAUGAGUAUUUGUAAAUACUGUAAGUUAGUAGGCAUGCUUCGUGGAGACAAGUAAAUCAGAGAGAAUUAGUCAGUGGUUUGCAGUUAUCAUCGUGAGUAAAAAUGGAACAGAUGAACGUAAAGGCAUUGGAUAAAGGUGAAAAACAUGAUCUCAAGAGGAAAAGAGAUCCUGCCUUAUACUUCACUGAUGUUGGCCAAGGCCUGGUAGGAUGUGGUGAUCAUCUUAUUCCAGGCCAAUCCUCUCGAAGGGUUUCCAUCACAAAAGGCUGUAAAACUAACUUAGGCUGCCAUCCAGAGACUCAUAUUCUCAAGAAUUAUUACAACUUCACAAAAAGUGGGUUGCCAAAACGUGUGCUGGCAUAUGAGAAUGGUGAAUGGAAAGAUUUUCCUGAGAAUAUUGUGAGUUUGGUUCAGGAAGAUUUUCGGUCAAAGAAAGCGAUUACUGAGGCAGGUUUUCGAAAUCAGCAAUUGUUGUUAGACUACAUUUACAUGAUUUGUAUAGUCUUGGAAACAGGUUUGGUGAAGCCAAUAGCUUGGAUUGAUGAUCAUGGAAAAUGCUUCUUUCCAGAAUUACGUCCUGAAUGUUAUGUAUUGCAUAGAUACCAUCACUCUGACAAUGAUAUUCAGGUCUACAUGAAUCCUGAUGCAAAUAGGAAACAUGAAACAAAUGACCAUUUUGAGAUUUCCAUUAGUGCAGCUGAAAGCUCAAGUUCACGACCUGAUGAUGAGGCUAUGUCUAAUGUCAAGAGGGUCAAGAGUGAAAAGAAUUCUGCUAGUGAUUGUAAUAUUUAUGUUGAAGUCAAUGAAGCAGUUGGAGAAAAUGAGUCAGGUUCUGCAUUACCUUCUAAUGUCCCUGCUUCUAGAAUUUGUCAAGCACCUGCAAGUGGUUGCCAAGUUAAUAGAGCUGUGCAGGAAAUGUUACUUCAAGGGUUGGGCAAACUCAUUGAUGCAAAAGACAUUCUUGGAAUCCUUAGGACCCCAUUGAGAAAUGAUUUAGGUCAAGUUCGUUUUAACCUUUUCCAAGAGCAGGUCGAAAUUGCUAAAAAGGUGCGUGGCAAUGCAAAUGUCCGUUACGCAUGGCUUGCUUCAUCAAAGGAUGCAGUGGAAGGGAUGAUGUUGCAUGGGACUCUGACAAGACCUGAGCAGAAAUGCCUUUAUGGCAAUGGCAUUCAUCUCGCCCCUGCAAAUUGUUCUAAAAUCUGUGCUAGUUAUUCUGAUGUUGACGAAAAUGGUGUCAUACACCUAAUGUUGUGCCGCAUUAUAAUGGGAAACGCGGAACUCAUUUACCCUGGGUCUAACCAGUGUCAACCUAGUAAUGAGAACUUUGACACUGGUGUAGAUGAUCUUCAAAAGCCAACUCAUUAUAUUAUAUGGGAUAUGAAUAUGUAUACCCAUAUAUAUGCAGAAUACAUAGUGACUUUUAAGGUGACCUCCAAACUUAAAGAAUGGCUGGUUGGGAAAGAAAGUAAAUCUAAUGUAUCUGCCCUCACAAAUUCUGGUUCACCUCACAGCUUAUUACAGGAUAAGGCUUUUCAGCCAUCUCUGGCCUUUGGAAAUAAAGCUCAGGCUCCUGUGUCCAGAACGAUGCCAAGAAUUCCAACCUCACCGUGGAUGCCGUUUUCAAUGUUAUUUGCAGCAAUUUCAACUAAAGUGCCUCCGGAGGACAUGGACUUGGUUCACACUCAAUAUGAUGAAUUUAAGAAGGGAAAGAUAAGCCGGAUUGACCUGGUGAAGAAGUUAAGGCAGAUAAUUGGAGACAAACUAUUGGUCUCUACUAUAAUGAGGCUGCAACACAAGAGAGUUCUGUUAAAACUUGAAUAGCAACCAUGGUUGUCAGCAUCUUUCUACCUGCAUCCACAGUUACCCCCCAUGGCUAGACGAGAGCCCCCAAAAUGCUGGUCUCACAACUUGCCACACGAGUCUUGACAUGGCGAGGUUAAGUUUGAAGUAAGUAUGAUGGUUCUCUUACAUCCGUACUCUGCUAAUUCUUGUAGGCAGUGGAUAAACUACUGAAGAUGUGGUAUUAGGUUAAUGUAGAACAAUGCCGACUGUUGGUACGCUACUGCGGAUUGCUUUUUUGUUUUGCUGGUGUACUUGUAAAGUGGGUGGGACUUGCUUUUCUUUGCAAUCAAAUGUGACCAUGAGGAA